UAUUGCAUAACGUCUGUAGCCCGCAGGCAGACGGUCCAUCUAUAUAAAUAUAUCCCCAUAAACCCCUCAUCACUCUUUAAUUGAAGCCUCAAACCAUGCUCCCAAAACUACUGAAAUUGUCUUUAACUAUUCUGUUACAAAUUCUUGUGGCAUCAGCUUCGAAAUGGGAUUUAAAGAUGUCUCUGAGAGAACUGAUUUCUGGACACUGCCACGUGGUGACUCCGAGAGUGUGCCGUAGAUAUACCGGAUUUGAUUCCGAUUUUACCUGUGGAUUUAUUCUCAGACAUGUUUGUACCAACGCAUACACAGGGGAACAGUCGCUGAAAAUGCUGACAGAUACAGAUGUAAACGUUCACAUCACACCGCUACCUAGAACUCUGUCGUUCUACGACGUCAACGAAGACAACCAGAUUUCUCUCAAUGAGUUUGCGCGAACCUUAGGACACAGCCCACGUGAUCUUCACGUAAAAGUUGCAUUCCGCGCCGCUGACAAAAAUGGUGAUGGUACCGUAAGCUUCAGGGAGUUCCAAACCACGGAUGCCUGGGUGUUUGAAAGGAGACACUUUCAACCCCAACACACUACAAUCAAGCAACAUCCCAUGAAGCCCAAGAGACAACAAAAUACCAGGCACCAGAAGAUCCAUGCAAUCAAGGCGUACGUAGGGUCAGAUGAAUCUGAUGACGCAUCAGCAGAAUUCAAAAAAUCCUCCAAUCAAAUUGAUUCUCAUGAAUCAUACGAAGAAUAUGAUGAUAGCUUCUAUGACGACAGCGAAAUGCAUGACGACAUAGAUUCACAUGGAAGUAACGAACACAGGGUCCAUUUACCGGGGUCCGAGGAGGUGGAUUCACGAGAAAGGGGAGAAACAUCUCACGAAGAUGAAGGAAAUUCGCAUGACAUUGAUUCACAUGAAAUAGGAGAAAACUCUCACGAAGUGGAAUGGAACUCACAUGAAGCUGAAGUGGAUUCACAUGAAAAAGAAGAAAAUUCACAUGAAGUGAUAGACAACUCAUAUGAAGAUGAAAUGCAGUCACAUGAAAUAGGACAAAACUCACAUGAGGUGGAAAAGAACUCUCACUCAGUCGAAGUGAAAGAAAACUCACAUGAAUCUGAAAUUGAAGGAGACUCUCGUGAACUUGAGAGCGAUUCGCACGAACACGAAGAUGAAUCAAAGGAAGCUAGAGGCCAUCCAUUCACUAAAGGAGGAAAGUCCAGUUCUAUAGAAAGAUCUCUGGAACACGAAUACGAAGAUUCAGAAGAAUACGAAGAUUCAACAGAGCACGGAUACGAGGAUUCAACAGAGCACGAAUACGAGGAUUCAACAGAGCACGAAUAUAAAGACUCUGAAGAAUACGAAUAUUCAAACGAAUACGCAGACUCGGAGGAAUACAAAGAUUCCGAAGAGUACGAAGACUCUAUUGAAAGCAAACCCUCCAAAGAAGACAAGGAGGAAAAUCACCUAGUUUCUAUGGAAACUGAUGAAUUUGACAGCGAAUCAAAGGAAGAUUAUCAAGAUGAUUCACGGGAAAUAGAUGAUUCAAAAGACGAUGACACGAAGAAGGCAAAUUUGGUCCCAAAAAGACGAUAAAUCCUGUACUUGUUACACAGUCUCAAAACACUAGAUUAAUUUAUUUGUUUUGUUAUACUUCUGUAAAUACUUGUUAUCAUAUAUCUAUAUUAUCAAUAAAAAAAUAUU